CCUCCUCCCUCCCCGCCCCCACCUCCUUCCUCCUUUCCGAAGGGCUGGUAACUUGUUGUGCGGAGCGAGAGGCGGCGGCGGCACCACCAUCCAGGCGGGCACCAUGGGCACGUCCGCGCGCUGGGCGCUCUGGCUGCUGCUCGUGCUGUGCUUGGCGCCCCGAGAAAGCGGCGCCACUGGAGCGGGAAGAAAAGCCAAAUGUGAGCCCUCCCAAUUCCAGUGCACAAAUGGCCGCUGUAUCACGCUGUUGUGGAAAUGCGAUGGGGAUGAAGACUGUGCUGAUGGCAGUGACGAAAAGAACUGUGUGAAGAAGACGUGUGCCGAGUCUGACUUUGUCUGCAGCAAUGGCCAGUGUGUUCCCAACCGAUGGCAGUGUGACGGGGAUCCUGACUGUGAAGAUGGCUCUGAUGAAAGCCCAGAACAGUGCCAUAUGAGAACAUGCCGCAUAAAUGAAAUCAGCUGUGGCGCCCGUUCCACUCAGUGUAUCCCAGUGUCCUGGAGAUGUGAUGGUGAAAAUGAUUGUGACAGUGGAGAAGAUGAAGAAAACUGUGGCAACAUCACGUGUAGCCCCGACGAGUUCACUUGUUCCAGUGGCCGCUGCAUCUCCAGGAAUUUCGUCUGCAAUGGCCAGGAUGACUGUAGCGACGGCAGCGAUGAGCUGGACUGUGCCCCACCGACCUGCGGGGCCCACGAGUUCCAGUGUAGCACUUCCUCCUGCAUCCCCAUCAGCUGGGUGUGUGACGAUGACGCGGACUGCUCAGACCAGUCAGAUGAGUCCCUCGAGCAGUGUGGCCGCCAGCCAGUGAUCCACACCAAGUGCCCAGCCAGCGAGAUCCAGUGUGGCUCUGGCGAAUGCAUCCACAAGAAGUGGCGGUGCGAUGGGGAUCCAGACUGUAAGGAUGGCAGCGAUGAGGUCAACUGUCCUUCUCGAACCUGCCGACCUGACCAGUUUGAGUGUGAGGAUGGGAGCUGCAUCCAUGGCAGCAGGCAGUGCAACGGCAUCCGAGACUGCGUGGAUGGUUCUGAUGAAGUCAACUGCAAAAAUGUCAAUCAGUGCUUGGGUCCGGGGAAGUUCAAGUGCAGGAGCGGGGAAUGCAUAGACAUCAGUAAAGUGUGUAACCAGGAGCAAGACUGCAGGGACUGGAGUGAUGAGCCCCUCAAAGAAUGUCAUGUAAAUGAAUGCUUGGUUAACAAUGGUGGAUGUUCCCAUAUCUGCAAAGACCUGGUGAUUGGCUACGAAUGUGACUGUGCAGCUGGGUUUGAACUGAUAGAUAGGAAAACCUGUGGAGAUAUUGACGAGUGCCAAAAUCCGGGAAUCUGCAGUCAAAUUUGUAUCAACUUAAAAGGCGGUUACAAGUGUGAAUGUAGUCGUGGCUAUCAAAUGGAUCUUGCCACUGGCGUGUGCAAGGCAGUAGGCAAAGAGCCAAGUCUGAUCUUCACUAAUAGAAGAGACAUCAGGAAGAUUGGCUUAGAGAGAAAAGAAUAUAUCCAACUAGUUGAACAGCUAAGAAACACUGUGGCUCUUGAUGCUGACAUUGCUGCUCAGAAACUAUUCUGGGCUGAUCUAAGCCAAAAGGCCAUUUUCAGUGCCUCAAUUGAUGACAAGGUUGGUAGACAUGUUAAAAUGAUCGACAAUGUCUAUAAUCCUGCAGCCAUUGCUGUUGAUUGGGUGUACAAGACCAUCUACUGGACUGAUGCGGCUUCUAAGACUAUUUCAGUAGCUACCCUUGAUGGAACCAAGAGGAAGUUCCUGUUUAACUCAGACUUACGCGAGCCUGCUUCCAUAGCUGUGGACCCAUUGUCUGGCUUUGUUUACUGGUCAGACUGGGGUGAACCAGCUAAAAUCGAAAAAGCAGGAAUGAAUGGAUUUGAUAGACGGGCGCUGGUGACAACAGACAUCCAGUGGCCUAACGGAAUUACACUUGAUCUUAUAAAGGGCCGCCUCUAUUGGCUGGAUUCCAAAUUGCACAUGUUAUCCAGUGUGGACUUGAACGGCCAAGAUCGGAGGAUUGUCCUGAAGUCUCUGGAGUUCCUAGCUCACCCCCUCGCGCUAACGAUAUUUGAGGAUCGUGUCUACUGGAUAGAUGGGGAAAAUGAAGCAGUCUAUGGUGCCAAUAAAUUCACUGGAUCGGAGCUGGCCACUCUAGUUAACAACCUUAAUGAUGCCCAAGACAUCAUUGUCUAUCAUGAACUUGUCCAGCCAUCAGGUAAAAAUUGGUGUGAAGAAGACAUGGAGAAUGGAGGCUGUGAAUACCUCUGCCUGCCAGCACCGCAGAUCAAUGACCACUCCCCCAAAUACACCUGCUCCUGUCCCAACGGAUACCGGCUAGAGGACAGUGGCCGGGAGUGCCAAAGUACUGCAACUACUGUGACUUACAGGGAGACAAAAGAUACCAACACAACAGAAAGUUCACCAACUAGUGGACUAGUUCCUGGAGGGAUCAAUGUGACCACAGCAGUAUCGGAGAUAAGUGUUCCCCCAAAAGGGACUUCUGCUGCCUGGGCCAUCCUUCCCCUCUUGCUCUUAGCAAUGGCAGCAGUAGGUGGCUACCUGAUGUGGCGGAACUGGCAACACAAGAACAUGAAAAGCAUGAAUUUCGAUAAUCCUGUGUACUUGAAGACCACUGAAGAGGACCUGUCAAUAGACAUUGGUAGACACAGUGCUUCUGUUGGACACACGUACCCAGCAAUAUCAGUUGUAAGCACAGAUGAUGACCUAGCUUGACCUCUGAGACAAGUCACCACCUUUGAGGUCUAAACCAGUAAUACCCCCACUUCGGAAUGGUAACCAAGCCAGCAGCUGAAGCCUCUUUCUUCCUCCAGUUUGGAAGAACAUCAAGAUAUCUUUGUGUGGAUCAAGCCUGUAUACUUAACCAUUUUUAUAUAACUUUUGUAAAUACACCCGUCCACAUUCUACUUCAGCUUUGGAUAUGGUUACCAAAAGUAUCUGUAACCCUUGAAUUUCUCAACAGUAUUGCCACCUCUGGCCAAAUAUGCACUUUCCCUAGAAAGCCAUAUUCCAGCAGUGAAACCUGUGCUAUAGUGUAUACCACCUGUACAUACAUUGUAUAGGCCAUCUGUAAAUAUCCCAGAGAACAAUCACUAUUCUUAAGCACUUUGAAAAUAUUUCUAUGUAAAUUAUUGUAAACUUUUUCAAUGGUUGGGACAAUGGCAAUAGGAUAAAACGGGUUACUAAGAUGAAAUUGCCAAAAAAUUUGUAAACUAAUUUUGUACUAUGAAUGAAAUCUUUGACCUCAAUGGAGGUUUGCAAAGACUAAGUGUUCAAACUACUGUACAUUGUUUUUUCCAAGUGCUAAAAAAAUUAAACCAAGCAGCUUAACCAUG